AUGGCAGUCCCCCGAGGAAACUGUUUGAAACUUCUCACAUUCACAAUCGCCUCCCUCACCCUCCUCCUCAUCCUCCACCAACUCAGCUACACCAACACAAACGACUUCACCCUCCCGAAUCAACCGAUCCCAACUUUAGACAAAUGCUCCCCGUCGACCCUCCCCACGAUCCCAAACACAAUCCACCAGAUCUGGAAAACCGCCAACGUGUCGACCUACCCGGCGAAACCGUCCCACGACUCCUGGAAGGCCACGUUCGAGCCGAGAAACUACACCGUCAAACUCUGGACGGACGACGACAUCCUCCGCCUGAUUCGAACAAACUACACCUGGCUCCUCCCGACAUACGAGGGCUACGACCACAACAUCCAAAGAGCGGACAUGGCGCGCCUGGUGGUUGUCCACGCGGAAGGGGGCGUCUACGCCGACCUAGACGUCCACCCGCGUUCCGUCGAGGCGACGAGGUGCGUGCAACGCCUCGGUCUCCAGGCGGCAUUCGCGCCGACGGGAGGUGAUGCCGGUCUGAGUAACCACUUCUUCAUGGCGGAGCACGAGUCGGACUUUCUUCUGUGGGUGCUACAAGAGGCGAAGCGGCGCGGCGGGUCGACGUCGAAGAGGAUUCUGCUGCCGUAUCUGCGGGUGUUUUGGUCUACAGGGCCGCUGAUGCUUACGGCUGCGUACCGACAAUACGUGUGGAUGUAUGGUAAGGAAGAUACCCAGGUUGCGUUGUUGAGCGAGACGUACGCGAGGAAGAUGGUCGGGCACGCGGCUGGACGGUCGUGGCAUGGAUCGGAUGGGCAGGUGUUGAAUUAUCUAUCGGAUCAUGUGCAUCUUGACAGUCUGUGGAUCAUCCUUGCGUGCUUAGGAGCUGUCGUUGGUGUUGUUUGCAUUUUCAGGAGAUACCGCGGGACUCGUAAAUGGCACAGUCACGUAUGA